AUAAAUCCGUAAAAUCGUUGUGAAAAAAGUAAAAAUGUCUGAUGUGAAAAUGGAACUCGAUUGGGGCGACACGGGUGUGGAUCAGCCAGACUGGACGUUCAAGCCCUUGCCACAGGCCUGCAAGGAGAAGGAGGUGGCCAAGGCCGGCUGCCACACCCCCCAGGCGUACCGCUUCAAGGACAUCUACGAGGGCAGGAAGAAGCAGCAACUGCGCAAGUGCCUCGAGGCGGAGCGCAAGCAGCGCGAGUUCCACAGCCGUCCAGUGCCCAACUUUCGGCAGCUCCACGAGCGCCAGGCGGCCAAGCCCGCCGUCCACCGUGUUACCCAGCCGGUCACCCCCAACGUGCUCAAGAACUCAGCUCCGGCGGAGAUGAGGCGCCGCCAGCGGCUCAAGCUGGAGCUGGAGUCCUCGCGUCCAGCUCUGAAGCCUCUACCCAGCCAGUCCCUGGCCGAGCCUCGCCUUCAGAUAAAGCCCUUCAAUCUGUCGGCCGAAAAGCGUGUCCAGAAGCGGCGCCUCUUCAAUGCCCAGACCUCGCAGAAGCAGGAGGCCCGUCGCCAGCAGCAGGAGGAGCAGCGCCUCCGUAAGGAGCGUGAGGACUACCAGAAGCACCGCCAGUUGACCACGUUCCGGGCUCGUCCCAGCCCGUUCAGCAUUACGCCACGUUAAUGGGGAGGGGCCUUCCAUUUUCCUUUUUCCCUCUACCCUUUC